ACUAUAAAUACAGCAAGGCCAGUCUUGUAUCAUGCACUUUACACUCCUGUAAGUACCCGUGGAUUUGAGGAUCAUCCCUAACUGCAAGGUGACUGCACUGAGGCAUGAUUCUGUCGUUUAACCGAGGCGCGAUUAUUGCUUACAGCAAGAUGACCAAAAGUAAAAUAGUGAUUUUACUUUGUGUAUUUUCGCUUACUUUUACAUUUUUAGUGGGUAUUCUUUACCCAGACACUCUUCGUAUUAAUUACAUGCCCGACAACACAAAUAAAAAAUCGAUCUCAAAGGAAAAGAGCAAAUUCCUGAUUAUCCCAGAGUCGAACUGUGGCGACGACCCUCCAUUCGUUGUGUACUUAGUGACUGUCUCACAUUCUCAGUGGAAGGAACGUUCCGCUAUUCGGCAAACAUGGGGCAAAAAUCAGCACCCAGAUGGGAAAAGGACUGUUGCCUAUUUCCUCUUGGGAUACAAUACAAGGUACCAGUCCAUGAUAUUGAACGAGAGCCUCUAUUACAAGGAUAUAAUCCAGAAAAACUUCACUGACACAUACCACAAUCUCACUUUGAAAGUACUGAUGGGAAUUGAGUGGGUUCACGAAUUCUGCCCGUCUGUGUCUUUUGUAAUGAAAACCGACUCUGAUAUGUUCGUAAAUACUUACUAUCUGACUGAACUUCUGUCUCAGAAGAACCGGACUCAGUUGUACACAGGGUUUAUCAAGUACAACGAUAAGCCUAUAAGGUACAGACUGAGCAAGUGGUACUUGACAACGAAGGAGUAUCCUCAAAGCACCCUUCCGCCUUUUUGUUCGGGAACAGGAUAUGUUUUCUCGGGUGACCUCGCUGGAAAAAUCAUCACUGUUUCAAGGGAUAUUCCAAUCCUAAAGCUGGAAGAUGUUUACAUUGGGCUGUGUCUUCAAAAGCUAAAUGUAACUCCAGUGGAGCUAAACUCAGUUCAACCUUUCCACGCCAGAAAAGUGGAGUUUUCAAUCUGCGACUUUCACAAACUGGUGACCUCCCAUCAAGUCAGCCCAGAUGAGUUGUUGAUUUACUGGAAAGCGUUGAGAGAAAACAGCAAAGAGGAAUGCUGGGAAAAAAUGGAGGAAUUUCGAUGGGCAUGAUUAAAUAAUGUGAGGGAAAAUCAAACUCAAAAAUUAGAAAUGAUUCUUUUAAAACAGCAUUCUGUGCCACAACUUUCAUACUUUAAUAUAGUAAAAUAUGCCCAAAGUGUUUCACAGGAAAACCGAGAUAGGGAAG